GUUAAAACACGAAGCAACCGGCCUCCAGAGCAUUCGAAGUCUUUUUGCGAAACACGUGCUGCGGAUACCGCUGUGAUACUGUUUUAACUCAACCAAUUAUUUUAUCAUCAAGUUGAAUUGCUAUUGUUUUUUCAACUAAUAGACCUUUGUUUUUCAUCGAUUUAUCUGAAAAUUUUUGCAAAAUGCCACGCGCCGUGCGCGAUUCUGAUGAUGAAACUGAGUUGCGAAGCUCUGUUCGAACAAGGGUAAGGGCUGCUAGUACAACUUCAAAUACUGAUUCUCCAAGAAGAAGUACUAGAAAUAUGAAAGCAUCUACUGUUACUGGGUCAUCCCCAGAAUCUAUUGAUGAAGCAAUUCAAAAUACAACUGGUCGAGCUACUCGCAGUAAAACAGCUAACUUGGACAAAAGUCUUUCUGCAGGUUCAGGCAGGACUUUGAGAUCAAGAAUGAAUUCUGCUUCUUCUGAUGUGAGUGAGAAUCGGACAGAACCAGAUGUAGAAACUUUACCCAAAAGAGUUACAAGAAAAGCAACAACAUCAGCUGCAGCUGCCAGUCCAAGGUCUCUGAGAACUCGUGCUAUUCGAGCUGUCUCUGAAGCAAAAGCAACACCACCGGCUGUCAGAUCUAGGCGAGUCACUAGAGCAAGUUCCGUUGAUCAAGGAGCGAGUGAAACAGAAACUCCAACACCAGUAAAACGUCGAACUCGUGCAUCAAUGGUUCCAUUACAACCAACUGUUUUUGAGGAGCAUGAAGCUAAAACUAAAGCUUACAGAAGUUUGGAAAAUACUGUAAUAGAAAUUGAUGAAGAUGAUGAUUUGGUAAUUCCUUGCUCUCAAACAAAACGGCGCAGUAAAGUAAUACUAAAAAAAGAACAACAAGAGAGUGAAGAAUCAAAAAGUGUUAAAGAAUUAAAUAUUGAAUAUGAAAACUCUACUUCGGACUCAUCUAAGAUUGAUGAAGAAAGCAUGAAUGAUAAAUCUAUAAAAGUAGCUGAAAAUAAAUCUACUGAAUUAAUUGACGCAUCUUCUCUAGAAUCUUAUGCACUUUCCAAUAAUUCUACUCUUAAAGACAAAGAAUCAACUAGUUCACAAUCAACAGCACACAAAAAUAUUUUCCAUCGAGAUGAUCCUCAAAUAACUAAUAAACAAAUUGAGUUAAUAAAUAUUGAAGAUGAUAAAUUAGAUAAAUAUGUAGAAGUUAGUAUUGAACAACUGUCAAAUCAUAGCAAUGAAUCAGUAAUUGAAGUCUAUGAUCACGUUAAAAAAGAAAAUGACCCAUUAUUAGAAAUGAAAAAACUUACGGUUACAUUAAAUCGCAAUGAUGUCAAUCAGAUUUUGGCUGAAAAAGUUAAAAAAGACACUUUGAAGUCGUUGAUACCUGAUAGUAUUAAAGACAUUAGUUAUGAAUCAAAUAAUGAUGAGACUGCUUUUAUUCAAAACACUCAGCUUUCAGAUGUAAUAAUUGAUGCACCUUGUGCUAAACUUGAGGAAAUUAUUGCAUCUGAUAAUUCAGACAUUGAAAUAGUAGAAGCAUUAGAUUCUGAGAGUGAUGAAAUUAUUUUAAAUAGUAAUAUAAACCAUAAUUCUGUCACAGACGAAUGUAAGGUAGAAACAAAUCAAUUUGUUGAUGUUGAAAUGUUAGAUAGUUCUGAAAUAAAACAACAAAAUACUGGUAGCAAUGAUUUAUCAAAAAACUUAGAAUUAGUUAACGAAGUAAAUGAUAAGAUUGUGAUAGAAACUGAAAAUGAUGAAAGUUUAAGUAACGAUUGUGACAGUAGAGACAAUAUUCAAGCUAGUCCAUCAAAGGAUGAGAUAACUGAGUUAAAGAAUGUAGAAUCUAUAGUUGAUAAUACCUCUGAUGCAAUCGACACAAAUACAUUAUCAGUAGAAUUAAAUGAUGCAUCUCAUCAGACUAAUACUAAUACAUCCACUCAAACUAACAAAGAUGAUAUCAUAGAUAUUGUCAUUGAAAAUGUUAGAACAAUUCCCAAUGAUGAGAAUUCUAUUGACUCUGUUGAAAUCCAAGAGUUCAAAAUAGAAACAUCUUAUAUCGAUAACGAUGCCAUGGAACUUGUCUUACAAGACGAUCCAGACCCAGUAAAUUCUACUUCUAACGAUGCGGUAUCUUGUACUGUUACAGAGGCUGAGGGUGCCGCAUUAUCAUGCUCACCCAACAAGUCUGAAAGGAACACAUCAGAUUCGCCGCUCAAGUCACAGGUUGGAAAAACGUCGCAAAUCCCCGACAGUGAUGCUGAAGAUGAGGAUCAUCUGUUUCGAGACAUCAAUGAAGAAGAGUGGAUUGCUCAAAAAGAAAAGUCAAGUCAGAAAAACAAUGAGGAUCAGUCUUCUUCCAAAGACAGUAGUUAUGAGUACAGGGAAGACGAAGAAAAUAAAUCACCUAACAAACUUUCUAACAGCAGACUUGAGAAUUCAACAUCUAAAACUGAAAAUACUUUUGAAAAUAUUAAUUCUUCAAAUCUUAAAGAUUCAUUGAACAAAUCUACUCGAAAGUCAAUAAGUAAAAAUUCUGUUCAACAAAUUUCAUUAAUGGAAGUAGAUGAAGAUUCACAAAAUGAAGCUGACAUCUCCAUGGAAUCACAAAAGAAAGAUUCUACACGCAAAUCAAUGAAUAAAUCUAAAAAACUUGAAGAUUCAGAGACUGAAAUGACAUCUACCAACAUUUUUGAUAAAAGUUCAAAAGAUAAAAAUGAAUCUAAUAUGGAUGAAGAUUUAGAUAUGCAAUCGAGCCCAAAGAAAUCUUUUAAUAAAUCGCCCAGCAAGAAUCUCAAUAAUAGAAAAAGUUCUCAAAUGAAUAUAUCAGCUGCCCAGGCAAGUCCCGAAAAAAAUCUUGAGAAAUGUCUCGGUAAGAGUCCUAAAAAUAAGAAAGGUAUCAGUCUGAAUGAAUCACUCACUCAAGGUACUCCAACUCAUUCUGAAUCAUCGGGCAGCAUGGUUCUCAGUGACAUGAACAAUGAACACUAUUCUGAAGGAGAAAUAGUUGCUCAAUUUAGUCCAUCAAGCUCUCCUGUGAAAAAGAUUAAGAAAAAUAGAAAAAGUUGUCAAUUUGAAGAAUCUGUUGUAACAGACAAUCCUGAAAGUUCUCCUGACAAGUCUUCAAGGAAAAGUCUAAAUAGUAGAAAAACUUCUCCAAUGAAGGAACAAGACGUACAAGCUAGUACUGAAAAAACUCCUAAUAAAUCGCUCAAAAAGAGUCCAAAAAAUAGAAAAAGUUGUCAACUUGAAGAAUCUGUUGUAACAAACAAUCCUGAAAGUUCUCCUGACAAGUCUUCAAGAAAAAGUCUAAAUAAUGAAAAAACUUCUCCAAUGAAGGAACUAGAUGUACAAGCUAGUUCUGAAAAAACUCCUAACAAAUCGCUCAAAAAGAGUCCAAAAAAUAGAAAAAGUUGUCAACUUGAAGGAUCAGUUGUACAAGACAGUUCUGAAGGCUCUUCCACCAAGUCUUUUAGUAAAAGUCCAAACAAUAGAAAAACUUCUCCAAUGAAGGAAUUAGAUGAACAAGAAGCUAGCCCUGGAAAAACUUCUAACAAAUCGCUCAUAAAGGGUCAAAAAAGUGAUGAAGACUCUGAUAAUGAAGAAGUAUCAGAAAAUGAAAUGCCAUCGAGCAGCCAUCAUAAAAAUGAUUCUAAACUGGAGAAAGAAUCUAAUUCAGAUAAAAGCAAUCGAAAGUCUAUUAGAAAAACUCCUAAAAAGUCAAAUGAAGAUUGUGCCAAUGUUGAAUCCUGCUCAAGAAAAUCUUUGAACAAGAGUACAAACAAAAGUUUGAAUGCAUCUGUUAUCAGUGUAAAGUCUACUACCAAGUCUAUGCUGGAAGAACCACCAGAAAGAGAUGACAGUGAUCUAACUGAUCAAGAUAAACGCUUAGCUGAAAAUAUUGAACAAAUGAAAACAGAAAAUCCACCAAAACUUGAUUUUUCUACCCUUGCUCAAUGUGACUCAAGCUCAGAUGAAAAAAAUGAUGCUGAAUCACAAUAUAUUUUCAACGCUUCUUCAGUCAGCAGUGAUAAUGGUAAAAAUGAAAGUGAAACAGAAGAUGAAAAGAAUAGCAUUGAUUCUGAUAUUGCUAAUGAACUCAACCUAGCGGGUGACGACAUUGAUCAAUAUGAAGAUGAUAAUGAACCUGCAGAUGACUGUGCACCUUCAAACAAUGAGUCAUCAUCUGAUGACGAAGAUGAUGAUGAGGAUGAUUUGGGAGAUUUCAUUGUACCUGAUGAUCAAGUUGAAGAAUCUGCUGAUUCAGAUUCAGAAGAGGAUAAAUCAGAAGUUGAUAGCGAACAGGAAAGUGACGAAGAAGCAGAUGAUGAACCACAGGACAGAAAAAAUGUUUCGAUUUCAAAAGUUGAUGACAAAAAUAAAUCCAAUAAUAAGUCAAGAAAUCUACUCAGUGAUGAAAGCUCAGGCUCGGAAUCGGAUGACGAAGGUACUGAAAAAGAUGAUAAAAAGUCUCCUCAUGUAUCUAUGAAAAAUAAGAGUAUGAAUGAUUCUCGAAAAUCAAUCAAAGACAAGAGUCUUAACCAUUCAAUCAAAAAUAAAAAUAUUUCUAAUAUUGAGCAAACAAAAAGCGAAAUCAAAAACAUGAAUAAGUCUGCGCAAAAUAAAAGUCUUGAUGUAUCUAAUUUCAUCAAAGAUAAGAUAGCAAACGUUUCUGUGAAAGAAAAUCAAAACAAAAGUAUAUCGAAACCUCAAGAUUCUUCAAUGGAUGUUGAUGACAGUGAAAGUGAAUCUGAACUGUCUGUAGAUACGAAAUCUGUUGAAAUCAUCAAAGACAAAAGUCUUGACAAGUCUAAAUUGUCGAUUAAAGAUAAAAGCUUAAAUAUAUCUAAAUGUGGCAAGGAUAAAAGUAUGAAUAAUUCAUUAGCAACUGAGCCGAAAGAUGAAGAUAUUAAAAAGUCACUAAAAGACAAAAGUUGCAAUGAUUCCAAAUCGGUUUUUGGUAAAAGCUUAUUAAAUGAAUCAAAAUCCAGUAAAAACAAAGGUAUUGACUCAUCCAAUUCAAAUUCUUCUGGUAGCGCGCUUGAAGAAUCUGAUCUGGAAAGUAAAUUAUGCAACCAGAAAGAAAAACCCAAUGACAAAAGUGUUAACAUGUCUGUAAAAGAUAAAAGUUUGAAUAUUUCAAAAUCAGUAAAAGAUAAAAGUUUGAAUAUUUCAAAAUCAAUCAAAGAUAAAAGUUUGAACAUUUCAAAAUCAGUAAAAGACAAAAGUUUAAAUAUUUCAAAGAACGAGAAAAAAAAUAAGAAAAGUUUGGAAAGCUUAUCUGGUUCUGACAUCGAAUUACAGAAUAUUGAUUCAUCACCUGGAUCUGAGUCUGAAGAGGGUGAAGAUUCGUACCACAUUGUCGAUGGCGAUGACAUGAAUCCACUCAAAAGUAAAAAUAAAAAACUUUUGAUCGAAUGCAGCACUCCUAAACCUGGAGUCAUGAAAAAGACGGAGCGUUUCUCGAACGCAUCAGAUAGUUUUUAUGAAGACAAAAGCUCCAUUGCCAAAAGUAAACGAAAAUCGGGUAGUCUAAAUGAUCUCUCAGAAACUAAAGGAGUCACCAAAAUUAGCACGGAUAAUGCUUCGAAAUCGAUUUUAGAUACCAAUGAAACGCCAGAUGCACUUAAAUCUCGUCAAAAGUGGAAGCUAAUUCCGCUUAAUCAAAGUGCUCUUCCAUCUGGGGUAGAUACACCAGUAACAAAAUUCUUAAAGAAAGCCAAGCUGAAUGAUUCCUUACCAGCAUUGCCUUUACAAGAUACAAGAGAAGAAGCUGAAGAUAAAAAAUCUCAAAAGAAAAAGUCUAAGAACGAUAAGAGUGCUCAAGAUGAAGUUUUGAAUUGCAGUAACGAACAUAAGAAUUUGAAAAGAAAAUCUCUGGUUAAUGUUUCUAAAGUUAGCGAAAAUAGUAUCAUUGCAGUUGAUGAAAAGAGUAAGCGUGUUGAAGAAAAACAAUCAGACUCGGAAAUUAAUACUGUGGAAGAAAAGAAAAAGAAUAAGAAGAAGAAAAAUAAAAACAAAAAUAAAGAGAGUGACUUAAAAGUUGUUGAAACUAUUGAGAAACAAUCACAACUCGUAGAGGAUGUAUCUGAGUCAAAGCAAAAAAAGAAAAAAAAGAACAAAGAAAUCAAAAGCGUCGAAAAAGAGGUGGAUGAUACUAUAAAAAUCGAAGAAAACCCCAAGAAAAACAAACGAAAACUUACUGAUGUUGAAGAUUCUUCGAAACAAGUUAAAAAGCAAAAAUCAAAACACGAAGCCACAACUAGUGAAAAUGACGAGACUUUGAAAUUAGCACUAAGAACUCUGGAAAAACUCAAUUCAAAGGGUUUAAAGAAACCUAAAAAAGCAAAAUCACCAGUAAUGUCAGAUUCUGACAAUGAAGCUCCUGAAAGUCUUGACGUUAAAAAAGCUCGUGAAUCCGCUAUGGCCGCGAUGAAAUCAGCCGCUGAAAGCGUGAAAACGAUGAAAGAAGCUCGCAGGAAAAAGCACCAGGAAAUCAUUGAGCGCAAGAGUGUCAAACGGCUUCCUGAUGAUUUCCUUAACGAGCUCGACGAACAACCUGUACAACAUCGCGAAAAGAGACGCAAAAUCAAUAAGAACGAUGAACGUGCCAUUAUGCCUUCGAAAUCCAUGUUUAGUCCAGGCAAGAUGAUUCCGCAAAAUCUCAAAGUUGAAGACGCCUAUGUGCCUCUUAGCUCAGCUGGUGGGACUACAGAAUUCGGUGUUGUUGAUUUAGAAAAAGCAAAAAAAGUUACAAAGAAAAGCAGCGCCUUUAGCUUCAGAGAUAAAAUGUUGUCGAGAAAUCAGAGAAUGCCCAUGAAAAGUUAUCUUUCGCAACAGUUGAAAUCAAAAUCUAAAAGUUCUCUUUGAAGCUCGUUGUUUUUUUUUCAAAGAGAUAAAUUUUGAAAUGUAACUUUUAGUAGAUAAAAAAAUCACUUCCAUACUUUGGUAGGCCAAUAGUUUCACAUUAUGUUACGACUUGUGAUAUUGCUUGGUGCGUUCUAGAUGUACAGAACUUUAUGUAGUUCACUUAAGCGAAAACAAUACAGAUUUUUCAUUUUUUUUCAUUUUUUUUUAUUUUUAAUUUCAAAAGCUUGUACUUUUGUUGAAUUAAAGGUUCAAUUUAAUGCUUCAACUAUUAUUUUGGUGAAUAUGUAACACUCACCAAGUUCGUUUUUACAUUUAAAUGAGACAAAUUAGAUGUAUGUUAAGUAGCGUAGCGCAACGCGCGCGUUUUGUGUUUCUAUCAAUUAUUAAUUUUGACAGUUUUACUUGAUUAUAAAAGCCAAUUGUUUCAAUUGUUGUGAACCACAAAAUAUGUUUACUUUCAAAAGUUUUACAUUUCAAAGGCCCAAGCUUGGCUUGGCAACUUUUAUAAAAGAUCUCUUAUGCUAACUGUAAAGAAAAACCUAAAUCCGAAGUGCUUUAAUGUAAGUAAUUAUUUUUGUGGUUAUAUAAAAAUAAGACAAUCACGUUGAUGAUGAUCAGUUUAAAUUUGUUACUACAUAUUUUUAUAUGCAUUUUGUUAAUAUCAAUAUGAAUUCACACGCAUGUUUGAAUAAUAAAUUAAAGU